AUGAAUGACGAUACCCCGUUAGAUUUUACUAUUGUGAAUAAACGUCUAUGGAAUGCGAAGGUUGACCACCAUGUUAAGUCGCCCAUGUAUGAUGUUCCGGGAUUUCUCGAAGGAGCUGAUUCAUUGAAUUCCAUUGAACUCGACUUACUUGGCGAUAUACAAGGUAAACGUAUCAUUCAUUUGCAAUGCCAUUUUGGACUUGACACACUUUCACUUGCUCGACGCGGUGCACAACAAGUUACUGGUGUCGAUUUUUCCGAAAAAGCUAUUGCGAAAGCGGAAGAAUUAGCAAAGAAGACAAAUCUCACUGCAUCGACAAAAUUUAUCUGCUGUAAUAUCUUUGAUCUACCGGAUCCGGAAGAACUGUUCGAUAUCGUUUUUGCGUCGUAUGGAACGAUUUGUUGGUUACCAGAUAUCAAUCACUGGGCUCGUAUUCUCUCGAACCAUUUGAAACCGGGUGGAUUUUCUCUUCUGGUAGAAUUUCACCCCUUUCUAGAUAUAUUCGAUGAAGCUUAUACACGCAUAGAAAAUUCUUAUUUCAAUCAUGGACCUAUUGUGUGUGAUUGCCAAGGUACUUAUGCUGAUCGCAAUGCUCCAAUUCGAAAUAAAAGUAUGGAAUGGUGCCAUCCAGUAAGCAGUGUUAUUCAAGCACUUAUACAAAAUGGAUUAAAGAUCGAAGUCUUCAAAGAGUUUGAUUAUUCGCCGUAUGAUGCGCUUCUCAACUCCGUCAAAAUUGCGGACAAAUGCUAUCAAAUCAAGGGAUUACAAGGAAAAAUACCGAUAAUAUAUGCUAUCAAAGCCAGCAAACCAAUAUCCUAA